UUAGAUCUGACAACCGUGAUCUGACAUCAACUACUAGGGAAGGGGUCCCACAAGAGCACGUCUCUAAAAACUUGUUAUGGGGCGGAUUUGAGGAAAGAACAAGAAGUUCCCGAGCUGGGGUGGGCGGGGACAGUGCCUUCCAAUCACAGCGCCUCUCAUUCCGGAAGCGUCGGAAUCAGUUACUCGGCUGACCGCAGGAAUCUGAGUCGAGAGCGGAGAGAUCGAUGAGAGACUUAGACCCUGACUGGAAGAGAAAGCGAAGACGGAGCGGGCAGAAGGAGGGGGUGGCAGAGAGGGCCCCGCUGGCUGCAGCAGGAUUGUUAGCUGCACACAAGUCUCGUUCCUCAAGAGGAAGUGAAGUUCUGCGCCCUGUUGUGUUCUGACUGCUUUGUCGUCUUCUCAUAUCAAGCUCAGGAUGUCCGCAGACACCAACAGCAGCUCUGGCCUCAUCAUCACCCCUGCUCCCAACUCCACAUCCCUUGUGACUAGCAUGCAGCCAACCUCCAGUAUCAUUUUCAACAGCACUAACAUCACCAUGCCACACGUCUGCCUGAUCAUUCUCUUUGAAGACAUUGGGAAUUCCAGGGUCAGAUACUGGGAUCUCAUGCUGCUAAUCCCCAAUGUUCUCUUUUUUGUGUUUCUGCUUUGGAAACUUCCAUCGGCCAGGGCCAAAAUCCGUGUAAACUCCAGCCCCAUUUUUACCACCUUCUACAUAUUGGUAUUUGUGGUAGCUGUGGUGGGAAUCACACGGGCCAUUGUUUCCAUGACUGUCAGCUCUUCCAGUGCAGCCACAGUCACUGAUAAGGUUCUUUGGGAAAUCACCAGGUUUUUCCUACUUGCAAUCGAGCUCAGUGUGGUGAUCCUGGGCAUUGCCUUUGGUCACCUUGAAAGUAAAUCCAGCGUGAAGAGAGUUCUAGCAAUCACUGCAGUUUUGUCUCUUGCUUACUCUGUAACUCAGGGUACACUUGAGAUCCUGUACCCCGAUGCACAUCUGUCUGCUGAAGAUUUCAAUAUAUAUGGGCACGGUGGGCGGCAUUUCUGGCUUGCCAGUUCCUGCUUUUUCUUCCUGGUUUAUACCCUGGUGUCUCUUCUACCCAAAACACCCCUCAAGGAUCGCAUCUCCCUGCCAUCCAGGAAGAGUUUCUAUGUGUAUGCUGUGAUCCUGGCUGCCCUGAACCUGGUCCAGGGAAUAGGAAGUGCCUUGCUGUGCGCUAAUAUUAUAAAUGGAUUAUGUUUUGUGGACGUCACUACGUUCCUGUACUUCAGCUUGUUUGCUCCGCUCAUGUAUGUGGCGUUUUUGAAAGGCUUCUUUGGAGCGGAGCCAAAGAUCCUCUUCUCCUACAAAUCCCAAGUGGAUGAGCCGGAUGAGACUGAGGUUCACCUCCCUCACCCCUACGCUGUAGCCAAGAAAGAGGGCAUAGACACUGGCUUCUACUCCAACACCCAAAUAGACACCACAGCAUAUCUCGAUGACGUGGCCUCUAUGCCUCACGUCGUAGGGAGCAUCAACAGCAUUGACAGUGACCGCUGGAAAGCUAUAAAUGUUUAGUGUCUGACACAGUGGCACCACAAUGUCUGGAUUUCAAAAUGUUUAACUUUAGAAGUGGAUACUUCCCUGGAAAUGCAUUGGUCCUGAAUUCCCCAAGCAAUGCAAUGCCUCCCAAGGAAAUAAGAUCUACCCCAUCAAUAUACAGGAGAGGCUAUUGCAAGUGCUGCUAAACCUUUGCACUGUGUUGUUCCUUGCAGGGUUGCAAAGUGUAGACAAUACAAGUCCCAUCGCUGCCAUAGGGCAUGUGAAGAAUCGCAUACUACUCCUCAGCUCGGAGGAUCAGUAUUCUGCGAAUAAGUCAACGUUUCCUAGAUCUUUAUGGUGGUCUUCAGUCAUUAAGAGUCAUUGGCUGGAUUCCUUUGACUGAACUGUGCUCCUUUAUAUGUCUUCUGUUGUGCACCAGUUUUAAAAGAGAAGGAAAGGCUAAAAUUAAUGAGAAAGGUGUGUGUGUAUAUGUGUGUGUAUAUAUAU